AUGGUUUGUGGAAAGUGUGAAAAAAAAUUGGGACGUAUAGUGACACCAGAUCCAUGGAAAGCAGGAGCCAGAAAUACUAAUGAAGGAGGUAGAAAAAUAGGAGAAAACAAAGCCGUAGGCGGCCCUAGGACUAGAUUUAAUCCUUAUACUACUAAAUUUGAAACUUGCAGAAUAUGUCGACAAAAUGUUCAUCAAGCUGGUCAUCACUAUUGCCAGGCUUGUGCUUACAAAAAAGCUAUAUGUUCAAUGUGUGGAAAGAAGUUGUUAGAAACUAAAAACUACAAGCAGUCAUCAGCCUAA